UUGGCAAAAAACAAAAUGGAGGCGUAUAAUAUUUUUGUUUGGCAUAGAAUAUAAAAAAUUCGUACUUGUGUGUGCACGAAGAGGCGUAAACAAACGCCGUAAAAGCGGUCAAAAGAGGCAGUGCGAGCGGUUUUUGGCAACAGAUCGGGAUCCGCUGGAAGGGACCCAAGGGAAGGCCAACGGAACCGGAGGAGUUCCAUAUUCGCCACUUUUUGUUGUUAGGGCGCUUCCAAGGCGGGCAGCUUCCCCCUUUCCCGGGAAUAAGCCCUUAUUGGAUUGGACUGGAAAGAGGCAGAGUGCGAGGAAGAGAAGGAGGAAGAGGAAGUGGAAGAGGAGGGGUAGGUUCAGGAGGUGGGCACAAAGAGGACGCCGCGAUGGCCACCACCCAGCAAUAUUCGCUGCGGUGGAACAACUACCUGCGCCACCUCACCUACUCCCUGGACAACCACCGGCUGAACGAUGACUUCGUGGACGUCAGCCUCUGCGUGGACGGACGCAGGAUCAAGGCCCACAAGGUGGUGCUCUCGUCCUGCUCGUCGUAUUUCAAGGAGAUCUUCAAGGAGAACCCCCAUCCGCACCCAGUCAUUAUCUUUAAGUUCAUCAAGUUUGAGGAUCUCAACUCGAUCAUCGAGUUCAUGUACCAGGGCGAAGUCAAUGUGCAGCAGGAGGCGCUGCAAUCCUUCCUGCAGACCGCCGAGCUGCUGGCCGUCCAAGGACUCACCGCCGAAGAGAAGGAGAAGCCGCAGAUGCCGGUGGCGCCGCUGAUCAGCGAGCACAAGCUGAUCAAGACCAUACCGAGCACCAUUCGCGCGGUCAACGAGCAGCAGCAGCAGCAGCAGGUGGCCAAUGUGGCCCAGGCGCAGACAGCCACACAAACCAUCGAAAUACCUACGGCCACGUUGCUGCAGGCAACCACCACCAGCCAAGUGCAAUCGCAGGUGGUUGCAGCCGCACAGCAGCUGCAGGUCCAGCAGCAACAGCAGCAUCACCAUGUACAAACCACCCAGAUCCAGCACAUCCAAGUGCAAUCUGCACCGCCCCCGCAGCAGCAGCAGCAGCAACAGCAACAGCAGCAGCAGCAGCAGUCCCAACAGCAACAGACAACGCCUGUGCAGACGCAACACCUGACCAUCACCAAUGCGGUAGCCCUGCCGGCGGCGAGUUCGGUCAAGAAGCGCAAGAUCACCUUCUCCGACGAUGAUGACAACAUUUACACCACCGAAACCGUUGACUAUGCCGUCAAGGAUGAGCAGACCAUAGUGAAAACGGCCGAGAUGACUUUCCUGCGCGGCGCCGUCAAGAUGGACAUACCCGACUAUAUCGUGGGCGAGGUGGAUGACCGCCUGUCGGAUGGAGCCACGCCCCAAACGUCGCAGGAUGCCACCAACGCAGCGGCCCAGAAUGUUGCCCAGUACUCCUCAGAGUACGAGAUACUCACCGAGUCCGAAAUGGAGGAGAAGUACCAGGCGGAUGCGGACAACGCCGAGAUUGCCAUUGAGAUGACCCGAUUGCUGACCAACGCCGGCGGAACGGCGGGAGCGAAUUCCGGCCAGGUGAUGGAGGAUACGGGUGGCGGUGGAGCCACCACUGGUCCCUCGACUACGGUGUCUGUGACGCCGGUCAAAUCGGACAGCAAGGCCAGCGGAACAAUCGAUUCGCCCAAUAAUAAGUGGACAGAAUGUCAGUUUUGCAAAAUGGUUAUAACCACGGUUAAUCUUUGGAGACAUAUUCGCACCCAACAUACCCCACAACCGCCGCGCAAGUGCGACCUGUGCAAUAAGAAUUUCAAGAAUAAGUACAGCCUGCGGGAGCACAUACGCAUCUCGCACGAGCAGAAGGUGGCCAUCAAGACGGAGAACUGAUGCGUGCUCAUCAGCCUGGGCCGUCUGCGAGCCGUGUCUGGAUCGGGAUCGAUAGGAUAUAUGGUUCAGGGAGGAGAGAGAUAUAGUUAAUUACGUCCAGCUUAGCGAGAAGCCAACCAACCAACCAGCCAGCCAAUCCCUUCCCCGUGUUCCCAUGAAACCCCCCAACCCCAAACAAAACAAACUAGCCAAAAUUGUCAACUCAUAUGCAAAGCAGUUAGAAGUACGUAGAGUUACACUCAGCGUACUCAUUGGGCACUCAAAUAGCCCUCGAUGUUUAGCCCCUAUAUAGUUAUAUAGUAUUAUAUAUAACCCCAAUGGUAGCCACUAAGUCAAAUCAGUCAGUCAGUCGGAGAGCGGAGCUGGUAAUCCCGUCGUUGACCAAGCCAUGUCAUGUGUCCACGUAAUACGUACAUGUACCCACUUGUAUUUUAGUCCACAAUUUGCUUUAGAUACUUCCUUAUUAUAUAGAUGGCAAAGUACAAGCCCUCAAAAACCCAUUGACACAACCAUUAUGUAUAUAAAUACACACAACCGAAACACACAGGAAGCUUUAGAGAUUGGAAGGCACUUUGGGUGCUUAAUUGCUCAGAUAGAGUGAUACUAUAUAGAUCAGAAACCGAUCACAAGUUAUCAUGUUGUUUAUAUGACUUUUAAGUUACAUUUACUCCCGAAUUGAUCACUUUACUUAAGCUCUUAAACAGCCCACAAAGUUGUUGUGCCCCGAUAUGUAUUAUUUCUUACUUAAAACUCUGAUAUUAUUCAGUUUUGUACAUAGAGCUAGGCGACUUAACUUACUUUUAGACACCAAAAAAAAUCGAAAACCUAUUAGAUCCUUUACCCAGUUUAAUACCCGGAAAGCUCUGUACUUUGCUCACAAAAAGAAAUACGAAAAUUACCCUUGUGUACAAAUUUACGAUACGAUAAAUACCCAAUUACCCAGCGCGCUUUUUGACCAUCUGUGUUCAGCAUUAGAGCGUUAGCAGUUGAAUGUAAAUUAGCUAAAUUAGUUUUAGUUUAGUUUAAGCCCCCUCCAUAAAUUUGAUCGGACCUAGUUUAGUUCUUUGGUAUAACUUAGUUGAGUAGCCCACACGAGCCAAGUGAAAACGGAAGUCAUAGCGCGUACGCUAGGAUUAGUUGAAAGUAUUUUCCAAAACAUAAAAAAACUAAAGACAAAAAAAAAAGAAAACGAUAAGGAAACCUGUAGAAAACAACCUCUCUAAGACAAAAACUCAAAAAACACAUACACGGAUACAUACUAAAGAUAACCUAGUUAAAUGAAAAAAAAACUCAUACGUAUUACUUAUCGAUUCACAUAUUGAUCUAUGUAUACACAUAUAGUUAAUGUUAUAUCUCUAAAUGCCCAAUGUUCGGACUGCAUCAGUUUUACCCUCGGUCGUAAUCGCGUGGAAAAUCCAAAAAGAAAACCACCUACCCACCAUUUUUCCCCAGUUUUGCUUGGGAUCUCACAUUGGAUUACGGCUUAAAGGGUUUACUGAUCAGUUUUCGGACAGUUGGCACAUAGUCCAGAUGGUCCAGCCAUGACUAUAGCGAUUAUUAUCGGAGAUUCCAAUUCCACCCCAAAAACACUAAGUCUAAGCCAAGUGUAUGUAGAUUGAUCUAUACACAUCAACGAAAUGAACCUAAAUUAAUCAAUUUAAUUCGUUUUGCUAGAAACAGAAAAAAGAAAGAGACAGCUAGAGAGAGGAAAAAAGAGAGAAAGAGCGAGAAAAAAUAAAAGAUUACAUGUAAACCAUUUAAAA